AUUUUCAACCGUCCGAUUCACUUUUACUCCCCACACCUGCAUGCUGUAUGUAUCCAUAAACCGUUGAGCGUUUCAAAUUUUGCCGUGGUAGAGAAGAGAGAGAAAAGGCCAAGAGUUUUGAUUUCUGUGGAUUGAGAGAUGGCUCGUACCAAGCAAACUGCUCGUAAGUCAACUGGAGGAAAGGCUCCUAGGAAACAACUCGCCACAAAGGCUGCUCGUAAGUCUGCCCCAACUACUGGAGGAGUUAAGAAGCCUCACAGAUACCGUCCUGGUACUGUUGCCCUUCGUGAAAUUCGCAAGUACCAGAAGAGUACUGAGCUGCUAAUCAGGAAACUGCCAUUCCAGAGGCUUGUUCGUGAAAUUGCUCAGGACUUCAAGACCGACCUGCGUUUCCAGAGCCAUGCUGUGCUUGCAUUGCAGGAGGCAGCUGAGGCAUACCUUGUAGGUCUGUUUGAAGAUACCAACCUGUGUGCUAUCCAUGCUAAGCGUGUUACCAUCAUGCCCAAGGACAUUCAGUUGGCUAGGAGGAUCAGGGGUGAGCGCGCUUAAAUGUGGGGUGUCUGGAAUGUGUUUUUGGUGGGUGUUUGUUCUUAUUAGUUAAAAAGACUCUUGUGAUAUAGGACUAGCUCUGAAAACUAGACUAAAUGGUGGUUCUGUUUUUGGUGGUGUGCAGUGUAAUGGAGGAAGUGUUUGUUUUUGGGGAAUGAAAUACUACCUGGAUUUAUUACUAUUUUUUCUUUUUCUGAAGCUAUGUUUCCUUUGUCACACCAUUGGUGUUGAACAAUUUAUAUUUGAAUUAAUGUCUUAGGUUUGUUCAAACUGCUUCCCAACUCCUAAAUCUUGGUUGGCUUGGGUUGCUAAUUUGCUAAUUUUUAUAUUUGAAUUUAUGUCUUAGGUUUGUAUCCAACUUAAUAUUUUAUUAAAGCUUUUAUUUUGUUGCUAA